ACAUACUUUGGUGGUGAGUCAUUUAUAUUUGUUUUCGUCAAGUAUUGUUAUUAUCGCUGUUUGAAAAAUGCAUUUUUCGGCAAUAUACUUGGUAUUUUACCUAAUUUUCCAAUAUCAGGAGAUCGCGUGUGGCAAGAAAUCCAAUCCCGAUAAACCCGAAUGUGUGCCUGUGCAAAGAUUCGUUGCUGCAUACACGAGUUUCCUGAAACAGAUACCGUGGCACAUUUUUCCAGUGAAUACGUUCUGUACAGAUGAACUUUGUGUGUAUGAUUAUGAUAAAGCGAGUUACUGGUUCCACAACGCGACCUCCGAUGAACUAUGCAAGGCUCAAAAUUUUAACCAUAACAGGUUGAAUGUAGUCCAAACUUUGCACGAUCAGAUGGAAUUAAUUUGGGGUGGAGCUCACUGCCAGAAUUGUGUCGACCAUAAGAACGAAACGGAUAACUUUUUCACGCUUGUUCAAGCGUUGGACGAAUGCAUAAUGUUCAAUUCAGCCCAGCCUUGUGAACCUUGCGCGGAGAACUAUACCCAUGUACAGGAUUACUACAAAGAGAUCACGACUGUGAGCAAAGGUGAAAUUUGUUUCGACAUCGAAGACCGGAUGAACCAUACCCGAUACAGCUGGAGCGCUGUGUAUAAGUGCUGCAAGGAUAAGCAGCACUCGACGAAGGCGUUCAUAGGUUUUGCCACGGCGAUUUGUUCCCUGCCAGUGAUCUUUUACACGAUGAUGUAUUUCAUAACAAUGCGCAAGGAAUCUCGGGCGCAAGCGGCUAUGGCUCCGUUGAUGGACGACCAACCCGAUGAAGAAGAUGUGGCCGGAGAUCCGCAACCAGGUUGUAGCAGCGAUGGGUUAGUCUCUGAGCCGGAUCUAUUUCACGAUGACGUUUCAAUAGCGAACAAUUUGGAUCAAACGGGAGUGAAGGAAGGGCAGUUUAUAGCGCUCGAUCGGGAUCAGCUAGUGGACACGGAAAUGAACAUAACGGAAGAGCAUCCAGCAGAUGGAGAUGAUGUUAGUAUGUUGCAGAUAAGGGUGGAUAAUUUACUCAACUAACUUGGAAGUUGGAACGCGAGUGCAAAAAAUGUGCUUGAAUCAUAAUGGACUGAAUGAAUUUGUGUUAAAGAUGCUUUUGUGCCCUAUAUUUUUUGCCAAAAAUAAAAUUUAAUAUAAGCAAGAAUAAAA